AUGCCUCGCUUCCACGGAGUGCAGACUCGCAGCAUGACUCGGGCGCGGGCGCUGAGGUCCGAGACCAACGCGCCGCCCUCGGAAACAUCCGAGGUGUCUUUCAUCCAUAGCAUUCCUUCGGCAUCCAGUCCGGAAAGAACACUUCGUCCCUAUCAAUCGAGAAUUGCGAGGGCAUGCGAGAGAGACAACACUUUGGUGGUGCUGCCAACCGGCUCAGGCAAGACCAUCAUCGCCGCCGAGGUAAUCAAACAGCGCCCCCCCCGUGCGCUCUUCCUCGUGCCGACACGCCACCUGGUGAAGCAGCAAGCGAAAGUCCUCCGCGCAUGGACUUUCCGCCGCAGGAUCGCACAGCUCAGGGGUGGCGACGAGUUGCAGAAGAAGUCGUUCGACGUGCUCGUGGCAACCCCGGAUGCUUUCUGCGCUGUACAAGGCAAGGAACGUACCCGUCUCGCGUGGGCGCGCUUUCAGGUUGUUGUUUUCGACGAGGUGAGAUCCAAUUAUGGUGAAAAUGAAGUAACUCGCGCUGCCCUGCAGUCACUCGUGGUCUCCUAG